AUGCCGCCACCAUCUUCCUCGCCCGCCACCACCGCUACCGCCGUGGAUGUCCAACUUCUUAAUGUCCUACGCGAGCAAAACAUCACCCAAUCACGUGUAUGGCGGGGUGUGCUUGCCGUCCUUGGCUUCCUUCUAACUGGCGCCAUGGCGUGGCAACUGUAUUUCCUUCCAUUGUCUUCCGCUUCUACGGGAGAUGCCAUCCACAUGCAGUACCUCUUGUACAUGUACAAGCUUGCGAUUGUGGGGUACAUUGGCGAAGCCAGCCUCGUCCUCUGGAGUCGGCAUCCAAUGGUGCAAUGGACCACCCGGUGCCUCGUCGUAAUCAGCUGGCUCGUCAGCGGAGUGCUGUACUCAUUGUGGCAGCAGCAGCAGCAGAAGUUGGUCCUCCUCGCCACAACUACCGACACCGUCAAUCCAACGACCGUCUCGGCCAUCGUCAUGGGUCCUCGGCUCUUUGCCGCGGCCUGCUGGCUGGCCCGCCGUGAAUUGCGCGCUUUGGACUUGGACUUGAAAAAGCUCGACCGCAUCACUCCAUCAUACUAA